AUGUCAUUCUUCAACUCCAACCACCAAGAAAACAGGGCUCCGACUGUAGAGCCUAUCACAAAGCUGGCGACCACGCAGAACCGACGAUACUUUGCAGCUCUGGCGGCCAUUGCAGGCGAACAACUAGCGGCCGAGUUAAUGGGCUCCCACGGGACGAAGAAGUCGUAUUCUUCGUCUGUCAAGAGCGGCCUGACGCCUUUGCAGAGUGCGACUCUGGUCGCGUCUGCAAAGACGAACGGGUUGGCUUGGGGCGCGCCGCCAGAGCAUGCAUUGGACAAUACUUCAGAGUCUAUUCUGCGAGCUUUUGCUUCUCUCCCGAUGGAUCAGGUGCUUGACCGUUUGCAGGUUGAGCGCCAAGGUCUGUCGGGCGACGAGGCAGAGGCUCGUCUUCGUGUCAAGGGACCGAACACGCUUCGGUCCCAGAAGCCGCCUUCUUGGUUUAUUCUUCUUCUCAAGGUCAUUCCGAAUCCUUUUAAUCUUUUGUUGAUUUUUCUUGCCAUCAUCAAUGCCUCAAUCCCACCGCCGGACUGGACUGGCUUCACCGUCCUGAUGGUCAUGGUCACCAUUUCCGUUCUUGUGCGAUUCUGGCAAGAGUAUCGAAGUGGACUGGCAGUCUUUCGUCUUCAAAUGUCAAUCAAGACCGCCGUUCGUGUGCGCCGUCGCGAGGGGGAGACUCACAUGCCGACGUCCGAGCUGGUCCCUGGCGAUAUUGUACUGCUGGCUCCUGGUGAUGUUGUACCCGCCGACUGUUUGUUGCUCGAAACUUCCUUUCUCCGAAUCAGCCAGUCGCAGUGGACCGGAGAGAGUGCCCCUGUCUCGAAGCUGGCCGUCGCUGGCGGUGACAAAGCAGACGGCUCUCUCUUUGAUCUCACGAAUAUUUGUUUUAUGGGCACUGGUGUCGUUUCUGGCAAUGCAACUGUGGUUAUUCUACGAACGGGACGCGACGCUCUGAUUGCUGCCAUGUCAAAGGCACUUCAGAAAAGCCGCGACUUGAAUGCUUUUCAGCGAGGCAUUCAGAACGUUACUUGGAUGCUGAUUGGCUUCAUGGGUGUCAUGGUGCCCAUUGUUCUUGUCGUGUCGGCCAAGACUACUGGUGACUGGGGCCAGGCUGCCUUGUUCAGCAUCAGCGUUGCGGUUGGCCUUGUACCUGAGAUGCUACCCGCCAUUGUCAAUGCCAAUCUGGCUCGUGGAGCAUAUCUUUUGUCCAAGAAAAAGGCCAUUGUUCGCCGGCUUGACUCGGUACAAAAUCUCGGAGCCAUGACUGUUUUAUGCAGUGACAAGACUGGAACCCUGACGAAAGACGAGAUUACAAUGCGAGAGGCCCUUGAUUGGGCCGGCAACGUUGAUGUUGAGGUUUUGAAGCUGGCUGUUAUUGAAGCUACAAUCCAGGGUACUGGAGGAAACAACAUGGACGCCGCGAUUUGCAAUUUCCGACUAGAGAACGGCGAAGAGGUUCAAACAACAAAGUACGAAAAGUCUGUGGUGAUUCCUUUUGACUUUGAACGCCGCCGCUCAGCCUGCGUCGUUCGUGGUGUCGCUGGUGGUGCCAUGCUCAUCUGCAAAGGUGCUUUUGAAGAAGUAUACUCGCGCUGCUCCAAGAUUCAGACCGACAAGGGCGAGAGUGCCUUGGCUGGCCAUCAUCGCACCACCCUCAAGCAACAAGUCAAGACGCUGAACAGCCAGGGAUACCGAGUCUUGCUGGUCGCUACGAAGCAAAUGGCCAAGGCUCAAAUUGAUGACGAAGAUGGCUUUGAUGAUAUUGAAACGAACAUGACUAUCAACGGACUCUUGACUUUUGUUGACCCGCCCAAGCCGGACGCUGCCGAGUCAAUCGAGAAACUCAAGUCUCUCGGCAUCGAUGUCAAGGUUCUCACCGGCGAUAACAUGGCAGUUGCUCUCAAUGUCUGUCGCGCUUUAGGUAUCGUGCAGCGUGAGGAUUCGAUUGAUAAUGACGGACCCGGGGCCAUGACUGGGGCAGAGUUGGCAAACUUGGUCGACGAGGAAGACUUUGACGAAGCUGUAAAAAGCUGCAAGGUCUUUGCCAAGGUAUCCCCGGUUCAGAAGGAGAGCAUUGUUGCAAGCUUGAAAAAGCAUGGACAUGCUGUCGGUAUGCUCGGCGAUGGCAUGAAUGACUGCCUGGCUCUGCGCAAGGCCGACGUCGGCAUCUCGGUCGACUCUGCUGCAGGCGCCGCCAAGGACUGUGCCGACUUUAUCCUCACUGAGAAGGGCCUAGCAAUCAUUGUCGAGAGCGUGACAAUCGGGCGUGUCACCCACGCCAACUCGAUCAAGUAUAUCAAGAUGGUUUUGUCCUCCAACUUUGGCAAUGUGUUUAGUAUUCUUGCUGCAAGCGCGUGGCUCCCUUUUACGCCAAUGACGAACCUGCAGAUUCUCGCGCAGAAUCUGCUGUACGACAUUAGCCAGAUUGCCAUCCCUUGGGAUAAUGUUGACGCUGAAUUCUUGGAGACGCCCAAGUCAUGGCAGCCCUGGGAUCUUCUUCGUUUCGUCGUUGUGCUUGGCCCGACAAGCUCCGUCAUUGAUGUAUGCACCUUUUUGCUUGGAUGGUACUACUACGGGAUUCGCACAACGGAGGACCCGGCUGCCGUCAGCCAAUUCCAGACGCACUGGUUCCUCCAGGGCCUCCUGACCCAGACGCUCAUUGUGCACCUGCUGCGAACGGCCAGAAUCCCAUUUGUGCAGAGCCGAUCGUCCGUGCAUCUCGGCCUUUCCAUGGCGGCGAUCAUGGCCAUUGGCUUUGUGCUGCCAUGGAUCCCGGCAUUCCACAGUGCAUUGUCUUUUGUCAACCCCAAGGGGACUUAUAUCGGGUUCCUGUUUGCCGAGCUGUUUGCCUACUGCGUAGAGGUACAGUUGGUCAAGAUGGCGUACGUCAAGUUGUUCAAGAGCUGGCUGUAA